CGUUGGCAUAUUCCCACGUCCCCUGAAGGCAGCGCGCUUGGAGUGACGACUUUGAAGUGAAGUUCGAUGGCGGAGUUCCACUUUCAACUUCGCCACUCAAGCGCUAGGAAUUAUUUUAUUGCCGUUGUUUCUAAAUAAUAGCGUAGGUUUAAGUUGUGUUCAUUGUCGGGUCGGGUGGUAAACCUCUGGAAAGGAAAGUGCCUUCUCACGUGGGGAAGAUGCGGACAUUUUAAAUGGAUAUGGUCGCGCGCGAGAGUGGAUACCGAACAACAGGAAGACGCGUGAACAACGGAUGCGUGACGUUGGCACGUUCUUGUUUUAUGUCCUCGUCUGAAGUCGACGUGUUGGGCGAUUAGUUAAGCCUUACGGAAAGUUCCUCUUUUGUUGGCGUGGGGUGGGCACGCACCGUCGGACCAAGCGCGACCCCCCGGAACCGCGUCGUGUGUGUUACGAUAAGUCCUCCCGUGGAUUCAAACAUGGGCACCCAGGGCACGGGACGGAAAAGAAACAGCAACAAGGAGAGAUCCACGGCUGAGGACGAUGCCUUAAACCUCAUAGCCAGAGAGGCAGAGGCCAGACUGGCAGCAAAGAGGGCAGCAAGGGCAGAAGCCAGAGAGAUCCGCAUGAGGGAACUUGAGAGGCAACAAAAAGAGAUCUUUCAGGUGCAGAAGAAAUAUUACGGCUUGAAUUCCAAAUCAGAUGACAGAUCAGACAGCAAAUGGGGAGAUAUUGAGCAAUGGAUGGAGGACAGUGAGCGAUACUCACGCCCCUCGCAGACACAUAUGCUUUCUGAUGACGACGAGCGGAUGUCGGUGGGAAGCCGUGGCAGCGUGAGGUCCGAUCUUGACGCCGUUUAUGGUGCAGGGGGCUCAUCCUUGCUUUCGCAUAAAUCCAAGAAAAAGAAGAAACAUAAGCACAAAGAGAAGGAUAGGAAUGGCCAUGAUGAUGAGUACAGUGUUCUAUCCAGCCGGGUAGAUGACAGGGAUUAUGUUGAGAAAGGUUCUCGAGCGGCUUCUGCAUUAACAGCGACAACUCUCACUUCCCUCGGUGGGACUUCCUCGCGAAGAGGAAGUGUAGAGACUGCCAUCACUGUAGAUGCUGAAACUGCCACAAGAGAAAUUAAGGAAAUUCAUGAACUCAAGGAUCAAAUUCAAGAUGUGGAGUCCAAGUACACACACAACCUAAAAGAAGUCAAGGAUGCGUUAACAGAAGUGGAGGAGAAGUAUCGCAAGGCCAUGGUGUCCAACGCCCAGCUGGACAAUGAAAAAAACAACCUCAUGUACCAGGUGGACACUCUCAAAGACUCACUGAUAGAACUAGAAGAACUCCUUUGUGAGUCAAGGCGGGAAUACGAGGAAAAGGUCAAGGACUUUGAACGCGAGAAACAUGCCCACAGUGUGCUUCAGUUCCAGUUUAAUGAAAUGAAAGAUACACUGAAACAAAGCGAGGAGCUUCUAAAUGAGAUCCGUCAGUUGCGUAUGAAACAGGAGGGUUUUGCUAGGGAGAUAUCUGAUCUACAAGAGACAGUGGAGUGGAAGGAUAAGAAAAUUGGGGCUUUAGAGCGACAGAAAGAAUACACAGAUGCAAUCCGAACUGAGCGAGACGAACUCAGAGAAGAGGUGGUGAAGCUCAAAGAUAUUCUCAAGAAACACGGAAUAGUACUGGGACCUGAUCUGAGCAUCAAUGGGGAUGCCGGUGAGACAGAAACAGACGUCACCACCAGUGGAGACGCCGCUCCCCAACCGACACAGGGUUCGCCGACUUCUCCACCGGAGGGGAACAACAUGCUCGGAAGGUCAGAGGAGACUCAGUUGAGAAGUAGUGGAAAGGAAGAGGUGGAUCAAGAACAACGUCGAGAAGUGUUUGAGGAAGACCAGACGAGUCACCUGAGCGCCAAUAGGCUCUCUAAUACUGAUGAGCCGUCAAGGCCCAUUAAAGAAAACGACUGUGGCCUUAGCCAGGGCUUGCAGAUUGAACUGCCAGUCACAAAAGCCAGGGAUGAAAUAGGUCUCAGUGCUAUAAUUCAUGGAAAUGCAACAAGUCCUCCUGAAACCCUUCCACGAUUCAACUCUGAUUUGGAGACAGGCACACAAAUAAAUGAUGGUGACAUUGAAGAAAAUUCUAAUGACAUUAUUGAAAAGCCAAACAAACACGAUACCAAUGAGGACAUAAAUUUGAUUAAAUUAGAACCAAUUGUACAAGCUGUCAAAGACUCAGAAUCUCGUCCCCAAGAAGAAGAUAUAGAAGAUAACGAAACAAGUUGCCAAGUAGAUGUUAAUGAGUCUGAAUCAUGUCCCGAGGAGGAAACCAAUGAGAUUGAUUUAUGUACCCAAGUGAAUAUCAAAGAUUCUGAAUCUUGUCCCCAAGAAGAUAUAAAAGAUUCUGAAUCAUGUCCCAAAGAAGAUCUAACAGAUUCUCAACCAUGUCCCAAUGUCGAGGGAGCCCAAGAUCCAGAAACCUGUCUCCAAGAUGUCAAAGAUUUUGAAUCACAUCCCCAGGAAGAAGACAUAAAAGAUCAAGAAUUAUGUUGCGAAGUGGCUGCCAAAGAUUCUGCAUCAUGCCCUCAAGAAGCUAGACAAGAUUCAAAAUCCUAUGCCCAAGUAGAUGUCAAAGAAUUUGAAUCAUGUCCUCAAGAAGAUAACCUAAAAGAUCCAGAAUCAUGUCCACAAGUAGAUGUGAAAGAUUGUGAAUUGCUUCCUCAAGAUAGCGUACAAGAUUUAGAUUUAUGUCCCCAAGUAGAUGUCAAAGAUUCAGAAUCUUGUCCCCAAGAAGAUAUAAAAGAUUCUGAAUCACAUCCCCAAGUAGAAGACAAAAAAGAUCCAGAAUCUUGUCUCCAAGUAGGGGUCAAAGAUUUUGAAUCACAUCCCCAAGACAUAAUAGCUCCAGAAUUAUGUCACCAAUUGGAAGCCAAAGAUUCUGAAUCAUGCCCUCUAGAAUAUACACAAAAUUCUAAAUCCUAUCACCAAGUAGAUGAAGUCAAAGAUUUGGAAUUGUAUCCCCAAAAACAACUAACAAAUCCAGAAUCUUAUCCCAAAGUAGAUGUGAAAGCUAAUGAAUUAUGUCCUCAAGAAGGCAUACAAAAUUUUGACUUGUGUCUCAAAGUAGAAGAUUUCAAAGAUUUGGAAUUGUAUCCCCCAAAAGACCUAAAAAAUUCUGAAUCAUAUCCCGAAGUAGAUAUGAAAGAUACUGAUUUAUGUACUCAAGAAGGCAUACAAGAUUUUGACUUGUGUCUCCAAGUAGAUGUAAAAGAUUCUGAAUCGCAUCCCCAAGAAGACAUAAAAGAUCCAGAAUCAUGUGCCCAAGAAGGCCUAAAAAAUUCUGAAUCGUGUGCCCAAGUGAAAGAUAGAAAAAAUUCUGACUCAUGUAGCCAAGAAGAAGAUAUAAACGAUUCCAAAUCAUGUCCCCAAGUACUAGUUGUCAAAGAUUCUGAACCUUGUCCGCAAGCAGUAGAUCCUGAGCCCAACACGGAAUUGCAGCAUGAAACUGCUGAGGCAAGCAGCGACGAGGCAGAAAAAAUCUUAACCAAGCCUCCUACGAGUGCUAAAAAGAAAAAAAGAAAGAGGAGAGGCAAAAAGAAAGGAGGCUUCCUUGAGGAACAAACUCAACAUAGGGACAAAAAGGAAGAAACUGUGACAAAUCAAGAAAACAUUCAGAUAGCAGGCAGAGGUGUAGCUUUAGGAAACAAUGGGUCUGCUGCAGAAUGUGGCACUGAUGGUCACACCAUUGAAUGCCUCAUAGAAUCAACUGCAGGUCAAGUAGAUGUAGCUGAACAGGUGGAACAUGCAGAAACCUCAAAUGUUCAAAAUUCCAAAGAAUCCCAGCUGGAUCAAAUGUUCAAUACGGAUGAGCAAAACAUACAAAAUUUAGGAUCUGGAAAAGUACAGAUAGAUGAACCGGAAGCAUUUAUUCAGACUUUUUCUCUCACUUUACCACUCAUUCAGACAGAAACGGAUCAAAAUACAAAUAAACGAAAACAAAGUUUGGAAUCUCUGGAAGUCCAGGAAGGAUGUAUUAAGUGUUCUGAGUCAGAGGUCGUUCACAGUGGAGUUAAUCGUAUUUUUAACUCUGAAAGUCGUGACAAAGACUCCAGUUUAGAUUACACCACUAACGUACCGAUUCCAAGCCAAGGUGACACAAGUCCAUCAGGUGUUGUCCAUAAUGAAGGUGAAAUAAGUUGUGAAACUACAAACUGUAAUAAAGACUCUGUACCCAGGUUAGAUGUCGAAAGUCAUGGUCAAAUUCCUCAUGUUGAGCCUUCUGAAUGUCAGAAUCAUGUAUCUGUGAUGUUUACCCAUGACAUUGGUGACAGCCUCCAAGACCCAGAAUGGUCACCGUCUGAGCCGACCGCUGCCGUGAAUUCUGACACCAUCAUCAAGGUUUCUGAGAACGUUCUCGAAAAGGAAACUUUUACAAACCAAGAGCAUGAGGAGCCAGAAGUAGAGAAUGUGGACAGGUCUAGAAAGGAAUGUAAAGAAUUGUUCAAUUUAGUCAAGCUGGAGAACUCCUCCUGUGACCUCGACAGGGAGCAGAUCCUCGUAGAGACUCAGCUGGAACAUGUUGCUGAAAUAGAGAAAUUGAUGCAUGAAGAUCAGGUUGUUGAAGCUGCCUCAGACACAAAGGUGCAGACAUCAGAGUCUGAGGAAGCAAGAUGUGAGGUCAGUAAUGACGAAUUAGCCCCUGCAGAGAAACCCAUGGAGCAUGAAAGCAGUCAAGGUGUCCAGAAAAAUGAAGUGAUCACUGGUCUAGGCACCUACCUACACGACAGUGGGGAAGAUUUUGAUGAUGAAGAUGAGAAAGGACAGUCCUUUGAUUUUGAUGACAUGGAUAUAGACGCAGCCAUGGAGACACAGUCUGAUGAAAAUCUGGAGCAGCGGGAAGUUGAGGCUGGUUUUGAAGAAGUCCGAUCAGAUGAACACAAUGCCGAUAUUAACAGUAAUAUUGAAAGUCCAAAAGAUAGAGAGGUGUGUACACAUGUAGCCACACCAGAAAAUCCAGAGCAGCUGCACGUUGAGGUACCUGUUGAAGAAGUCCUUUCAGGUGAACACAAUACCAUUAAUAACAGUAAUAUUGAAAACUCGCAGGAUAAAGAGGUGUGUACCCAUGUAGCCACACCAGAUAACGGGUUUAAACAUAAUUUGGUUGACGUGGAAUCCUCACCUGAACUGUUGAGAACUGUUGACGACAAAGAGCCUUCCAACACUGGAGUUGCAGAAACCACAGACAAAGACAAAAUCCCCCCUCGAGCUACGUCUUUACCGGUAGAAGAACCAUUGGAUGCCGUUGAGAAACCGAUAGACUUAAAUGCAACCCACAGCAACAGAGAGAUGCCACUCUCUGGAAAAGAUGGGAAGAAAAAUGGAAAAGAUGGGAAGAAAGGCAAAAGCAAGGGCAAGGAUGACUGCAAGAUGACUUAGGGCUUAGAUUUCUAACGCAACAUGCAGUGUUUUUCGUUUGUUUGUUUGUUUUUGUUUUUUUUCUGUUCAGGCAGGAAACCAGACAGCACUUUUUUCCUGACUUAAUUGAGAUCUAGUUUAUCAAUGGACAUGAUAAAACCUUGUUUAAGUUGUACAUGCCAAAAAAAGAGGAAUUAGAAUGCAAAUUGCAAGCUUUUUCAACAAUGGUGUUACAUAUUGCACCACUUUUUGAUGAGUGACGUUUUGGGUUCAAAAGUGAAAGUAUGUUUUCUGCUUCUCCAGACGCAGCUCCUUAAUAGCUCAUGUAGUCCACUUUGCUUUGUGUUUGUGUAAAGUGCUAGUGCGCAUAAUUGUUUGCCCAUGUGUAAUGUCACGUCAGUUUGUGUUGGUGUCUUAUUUAUGUUAUGAUAGCUAAUACUAUUGAUGAGCCUCAUGUGAAGGUGGUUUAUUUGAGUUGAAUAAAGUAACUAAUGAAUACA